UUCAAAAUAGUAGAUAUACAUCUCCAAUAUUACAUUCUCAUAAUAAUCCUUUUACUGAAGAUACUGAAGAUAAAAACGUUAUUAUUACUAAUGUUCCUCCAAGACUUUCAUCAUCAAAGAGUUUAGAAUUUGAUAUAUUUGUAAAUGACGUUAAUAUCUUAGAAAAAUUUAAAACUUAUAUUAAUGAAGCCAUAUUGCAUGCUAAUAACAAAAGCUUAUAUGUUAAGUCACAUACUUACAAAAUCUUAUCAUUAUCAUCUAUAUUUGUUUUGAUCUCAAAUUCCUAUUUGACAAAAAUGAUAGAGAAUUUUAAUGAUAGACCUAUCAGAUUUUUACCAUUUGAUAAAAUCAGAAAUAAACUAAGUAAAUUAACUUUAAUUACAAACUUUUUAAAUGGAAUUAUAAAGAAAGCAUUUCAUGACCUUGAUAAAUAUCUAAUACAAUGGUCAAACAUGACUCUUACAAAAAGUAAAAUAAGGAAAUUUGAUGGAUCAAGAAUGAAAUAG